CCUUGUUUCAACUCACUUAUUUUCCGUUCCUUUUCUCUUGUCACUCGAUCCUCUCCCGUCAAUCACUGUCAUCCGGCCACAACCUCCACGUGGGUUUCAAUACUAACCCGAGCAGGGAGGUAUACGAGAUGCGAGCCUUGGGCCCCGAUGUGGGGGUGGGCGUUGGCAGGCCUGAGCCAGCUCCAGACGAGCCAGCUCCAAAUGAACUCGUUCCUGGAGAACCCGCUCUAGAUGGACCGCGCAGCUUCUACGAGAAGUAUAUCCGACCAGUCGGUCGGUUUGUCCGUUCCAUCAACGACCGGAUUAACGGGUCCCUCAUUGGCCGGUUUUUCCGCCUUCGGGGGUCUGGCCAUGUCAGCAAUUUGCUUUCGUCUUGUCAUGAACCUAAACAUUCGGCUAACGGGCUGGGACUCACUACCCCCAUAUGCAGGAGGACGAAAUUGCAGACGCCGAUUUCUUGACCGAGAUUCGAGCGGGCUUAACGACGUUUGCCACAAUGGCAUACAUCAUUGCCGUCAAUGCGGCCAUCCUUGCCGACACUGGCUAUGAUUGUGUCUGCGAGCAGCCCGAGGACCAGAUGGGGAAUUGCGCCAACCAAGACGAUUAUUCCAAGUGCUACAAUGAAAUCAAACUCGACCUCAUCACGGCAACUGCAGCCAUCUCGGGCUUUUCUAGCAUUGUGUUUGGCCUCCUGACCAACUUACCAGUGGCCCUAGCGCCGGGAAUGGGCCUCAAUGCCUAUUUCACAUACCAGGUCGUGGGAGUCCACGGCCGCGGCGAGAUGCCCUACCAGAUUGCUCUGACAGCUGUCUUCUAUGAAGGCUGGGUUUUUGUGGUUUUGGCCCUGACUGGAUUGCGUCACUGGCUCGUCAGAAUCAUUCCUGGCACCAUCAAGACGGCCAGCGGCGUCGGUAUUGGAUUGUAUCUCACGUUGAUCGGCAUGUCGUAUUCUUCCGGAAUCGGGCUCGUUACCGGGGCAACUAGCACGCCCCUUGCCAUCGGCGGCUGUGCCAAAGAGGAUAUUUCGCCAAGCGGAAUGUGCGAGAGGAAUAUCAUGGGAAACCCAAAGAUGUGGAUUGGCAUCGUCUGUGGUGGUAUAUUCACGUCCUUUCUCAUGUCGUAUCGAAUAAAGUCAGCCAUUGUGAUUGGAAUAGCUCUUGUCUCAGCCCUUUCAUGGCCACGAAACACCGCUGUGACGUAUUUUCCCGACACGCUCGACGGCAAUGAGAGAUGGGACUACUUCAAACAGGUGGUUUCGUUCCACCCAAUCCAGCACACUUUAUUCAAGCAGCAGUGGGAUCUCACGGGAUACGGCGGUCGCUUUGCCCUUGCCAUGCUCACGUUCCUCUACGUCGACAUCAUCGACUGCACUGCGACUCUCUACUCGAUGGCUCGGUUUAGCAACAAGGUGCAACACAAUAGAAGAGACUUUCCACGAUCUACCCUAGCCUACUGCGUGGACGCCGUCUCCAUUUCUAUGGGAGCUCUCGUUGGAGUCUCUCCCGUCACUGCUUUUGUCGAGAGUGGCGCAGGCAUUGCGGAAGGCGGACGUACAGGACUCACAGCGAUUGUCUGCGGGUUCUGUUUCCUUUUGUCGCUAUUCUUCGCUCCGAUCUUUGCGUCUAUCCCACCCUGGGCAACAGGGUGCACGCUUAUCCUAGUGGGCUGUCUAAUGGUCCGUCAAGUUACCAAGAUCAAUUGGGCAUAUAUCGGCGACGUCAUCCCCUCUUUCGUCACAAUGACCUUGAUCCCCUUUAGCUACAGUGUCGCCUACGGACUCAUUGGUGGUCUGUUCACGUACGCUGGACUGAACACACUGAUCUGGAUCGUUAUGAAACUGUCGGGCGAUGCCAUCGUGCCCACCGAUUACGAGCUCAAGGAGUACUGGACCUGGAAGCCUGCAGGGAAGAAGCCCUGGAUUAUUCGAGUCUUCACCAAAAAUCGCUUUUGGGACGACAGCCGGGAGCUGAAGCGGAGUCCCGGUUUCUCCCUCGGAAGCGAUAGCUCGAUCCACAACAGGUCCCCUCCAGUCCCCCCAGACCACCCAGACCAACCAUACAAACCGGACAUCACGCCCCCGCGCUACCAGGCCCCCCCGGACUACCCUGCUCCCCCGGCUCCCCCGGCUUCACCGGUCCCCCCCGCGCCUCCUGUCACGCUUCCUGUCACGCCAGCAGCCCCGGAUGGGAACAGUGAACCAAGAGAGCCGGGCGCUUCCUAUUGGCGCGCACCGCUUGGCUAGUAAGCGGGCGUCUUAAAUUUUGUGUCGCUAAGUGGGAAAACUGGUGGGUUACUUUCUAGGCGUUGGAGUUUUUUCACAUUUCUGCUCAGGUCGGCGAAGGCAGAGGGGUGUUGUUGAUAGCUCAGGUUAAGUUCUUGGACUCGUCACCCAGCAAACAGCUCGCAUUUCAGAGAUGUCAUUUCUUGAACUUCGUUGUUUGUGGGGUUGGCAUUGUACGGUAGCGACGCGUAUGCUGAUGGAAAUGACGAGGUCGAGAACUGGAGGAGAUUUCUGUUCGUUGGGGCCAGCCCAGCGGUGCAGAAUAUGUAGAAAACCUGAAGAAGGCAGACAAUGCCAAGUUUCUUCGAUGUGCGCUGUCUUUAACUGAGAGUGGACCCCUGAUAACAGCUCUACUCCGUACCCGUACGUAGUUGCAAUUCAACAAAG